AUGACGCGUCUCGAUUGGUUGCUGCUCCUGGCAACGUGUGCCGCCAGCAUUGCCAGUGCCAGCGUUGAGGCAGCUGCUGCCCAACUGCAGCAGCGACGUCGCCACAGCCUUGCCGAGGCGACACCAACACCAACGUCUGCAGCCGCUGGCGGAGAUUGGGGUGGAUUGGGACCAGAGCUGGCACUGGCGCGUCGCGUCUACGAUGGUUGCCAGGGCAAGAGCGAUUUCCUCAGUUGUCUCAAACAGAAGGCGCUGCAUGCUUUGACACGUGCUCUCGACCAGGACUCGAUUAAAAUCGUUGAUGGUCUCGUGCUGGAGAAGCAGAAUCAGAGCGACACUGAAAGCGUUCUCGGCGCCCUGACCGAUGCCCGUCAAUUUGGCAGCCUGACGCCACUCGAUCGUGCCCUGCUCUCCAAGGUGGACAAACUGAUGCGAACGCAUGCCAUGAAGAUUGACAUAGAUUUGGAUUUGGAUGAGGGUGCAGGUGUGCGUGGCAAUGGUGUCGGUCGCGACAAAAAGAAAAAGAAAAAGGACGAUGGCCACAUCAAAUAUGUGAUUGCGGCGCUGCUAACGGCAAUGGGUAUUGCCGGACCAUUGGGUCUGAAGGCACUGGCAGCUAUAGCUGGCAAGGCACUGGUCAUCAGCAAAGUGGCGUUAACCAUUGCCGGGAUAAUAGCGCUGAAGAAGCUCUUCUCGCACGACCACAGCGAAGAGUCCAGCUUUCAGGUGCAUGCCGGCGACCACAACAGGCGCAACACGUAUGUCAUUAGGCCCGUUUCGAAAACAAAUCCUGGCGGAGGCGUGGGCGUUACAGCUGCCGGCGGUAGUCCAUCGGUGGAUCCAUAUCGCUACUACUACGAGUACCAUCAGCAGUAAGAGCAG